AUGGAGGUCGCUGCAGUCGCUAAGGCCCUGGUGACUGCUGUGGAGUGUGCUGCGCUGGCCGCAGGGGCGAAAGAAGCGGCCACCGCCAUCGUUGAUGAAGUCGCAAUCGACAUGCCGGUCGAGACCGAGGUGCCGGAGACGGCAGAGGUGCCGACAGAACCCGAAGCUGGGGUGGGUGGCGUUGAGGAGGCCGACGUGGUGGCGGAAGUGCAGGACGCGGUGGAAGAGGCUCUUCGGGCCGUAUCCGAAGCUGUGUCGGUGGCCACUGCUGAAGCCGUACCGACAGUCGAGACGGUGAAGCCUGAGCCUACUGAGCCCGAGGCGGUUGAGCUCGAGACGGUUGCGGCCGAUACGACAGAGCCCGAUACGACUGAGCCGGAGACAACGGACAGGGCUGAUGCCGUCGAGGUGAUGGAGGUCGCUGUAGUCGAUGAGGCCCUGGUAUCUAAGGCGUCGAAUGGAGAUACGAAGGAUGGAGCGUCGACACUUGAUAAGCCAUCACCCGAAGAUCCCGAUGAGACUGAACUGGAGACUGAAGUUGCAGCGACUGCACAAGAGUUAGUGAAUGCAGUUGAAGCACAAGCAACCCCCUCACACGUAGUUUCUGCUGCUGCUGUAACAAGCGCUGUCAUCGGCACGCUGCUUGGACUAAUCGACACCGUCGAGCUCGAAUUUGAAGGACCAGACGAGUGGAGCACAGCGGCGGUGAUCCACCCAGCACUACAAGAAGCAGACACUGCCACUCUGUAUCUCGCACAUCGAGCCACUGCAACAAAUGAUCAGACAGGCAACAACAUCACGCCAAACAAGCUCGACGUCGCCAGGUCCUCGCUUUAUUGCAAAGCUGAAGACGUUGCACCCGAGUCGAGCAACGACACCGAUCUCAUCCGACUGCCCGAACCGAGCCCCGCUGAGUUAUCUGCUGCAGCCAUCGGUGUGGCCGUCGUAGGUGCACUUUUGGACGUCGUGGACGUCAUCGAUGCGUGA